GCAGUCUCUCUAGCUCUGCACAUGAACACAGUUGCAGCUUCCAGGAGAGGAUGCCAUGACCUUCACGUUCACAGCCCUGCUGUGUGUGGGACUUACUCUGGGCAUAGGGACCCCAGUGCUGGCAGGAUCCCUCCCUAAACCUAUCCUCAGAGUACAGCCAGACUCCGUGGUCUCUGAGAAGACUACAGUGACCUUCCUGUGUGAUGGAACUACGGGAGCCAAAAAGUACUGGCUCUAUAAAGAGGUAGACCAAGGUCUACAGCUCACAGAGAUUCCACAGAAUCCUAAGAUCCAGGCUGAAUUCUCAAUCUCAAAAGUACACCGCCUGCAUGCAGGGAGAUAUCGCUGUCACUAUAGGACCCAUGAUGGAUGGUCAGAGUACAGUGACUCUCUGGAGCUUGUGGUGACAGGAGUCUACAGUAAACCCAGCCUGUCAGCCCUGCCCAGUCCUGUGGUGACUGAAGGAGGGAAUGUCAUCCUUCAGUGUGCCUCAAGUCAGCAAUAUCACAGAUUACUUCUGACUAACAAAGGAUCACAGAAUCAGUCCUUCACUAAAGACCCACAGUAUAACCACUCCACUGGACUGUUCCAGGCUCAAUUCUCUGUGGGUCCUGUGACCUCCAGUCAAAGAUGGACUUUCAGAUGCUACAGCUUUCACAGUUAUAGCCCACAGGUGUGGUCAGAACCUAGUGAACCCCUGGAGCUCCUGGUCUCAGGGACCCUCCACAAGCCCACCAUCAAGGCUGAACCAGGAUCCAUUGUAAUCUCAGGAAUCCACAUCAGUAAACCCAGGCUGUCAGCCCUGCCCAGCCCUGUGGUGACCUCAGGAGGGAACAUGACUCUCCAGUGUGUCUCAGGGGAGAGAUAUGACAAGUUCAUUCUCACCAAGGAAGAUCAGAAGUUCCUCAGCUCCGUGGACUCACAGUAUAUACCCCAUAUUAUGCAGUACCAAGCCUUGUUCUCUAUAGAUCAUGUAACACCAAACCUCACAGGAACAUUCAGAUGUUAUGGUUACUACAAGCAGACCCCACAACUGUGGUCAGUACCCAGUGACCCUCUGGAAAUACACAUCUCUGGCCAAUCCAAGAAGCCAUCCUUGCUGAGUCACCAAGGCCAUAUCCUAGACCCUGGAAAGAACCUAACCCUGCAGUGUUGCUCUGAAAUCAACUAUGACAUAUUUGUUCUGUACAAGGUGGGGGUAGCUGACUUCACCCAACACUAUGGCUAUAGAACCCAGGCUGGUCUCUCUUUGGCCAGCUUCACACUGGGCUCUGUGAGCAGCUCUGCUGGAGGCCGGUACAGAUGCUAUGGUGCUCACAACCUCACCGCUGAGUGGUCAGCCUCCAGUGACCCCCUGGAUAUCCUGAUCACAGGACAGUUUCAGGUCAUUCCUUCCCUCUCAGUGAAGCCGAACUCCACGGUACACUCUGGAGACAACGUGACCCUGUUGUGUAAGACAUCUGACACAGUGGACACUUUUCUGUCCAAGGAGGGAGCAGCACACCCACCCCAGCGACUAAAAUCAAAGUUUCAAGUUCAGGAGUCCCAGGCAGAAUUCUCCAUGAGUGCUGUGACCUCUAACCUCUCAGGCACCUACAAGUGCUAUGUUUCUGCAGACUCAUCUGUCUACCUGUUGUCAUAUGCCAGUGCCCCUGUGGAGCUCACUGUCUCAGGACCCAUUGGAGCCUCAACUCCACCCUCAAGGCCCAUGACAACAAAUGCCUCAAAAAAACAAGAUCACACAGUGGAAAAUCUCAUCAGGAUGGGUUUUGCUGUCAUGGUCCUCAUAGUCCUUGGGAUUCUGGCCUUUGAGAUUUGGGGCAGCCAGAACCUGGCCUCACGGUGUCGAUCCCUCCCUAACCCUAUCCUCAGAGUACAGCCAGACUCCGUGGUCUCUGAGAAGACUACAGUGACCUUUCUGUGUAAUGGGACUGCGGCAGCCAAAGAUUAUAGGCUCUAUAAAGAGGUCUACCAGGAUCUACUGCACACAGAGAUUCCACAGAAUCCUAAGAACCAGGGUGAAUUCUCAAUCUCAAAAGUACACCGUCAGCAUGCAGGGCGAUAUCGCUGUCGCUAUAGGACCUAUAAUGGAUGGUCAGAGUACAGUGACUCUCUGGAGCUUAUGGUGACAGGAUUCUACAGUAAACCCAGCCUGUCAGCCCAGCCCAGGCCUGUGGUGACUGAAGGAGGGAAUGACAUCCUUCAGUGUGCCUCAAUCUCCAUGAGUGCUGUGACCUCUGACUUCUCAGGCACCUACAGGUGCUAUGUUUCUGCAGGCUCAUCUGUCUACCUGUUGUCAUAUGCCAGUUCCCCUGUGGAGCUCACUGUCUCAGGACUCAUUGGAGCCUCUAGCCCACCACCCUCAAGGCCCAUGAGAACAGUUGGACUGGCUCUCAUUAGAGUGUCUGUGGCCUCCAUCCUGAUCCUCAUCAUCCUCAUCUGCCUCCUUCUCAGACGAAAGUAUCAGAGAAAAUUCAGGAAGGAAGCCAAUGAAGAGACAGAAUUGCAGCUUCCUGCAAGAACUGCAGCAUCAACAACCAGGGAGAGGGGCCCCCAGAAGAGAUCCAACCCAGCUGCUGCCACCCAGGAAGAAAGCCUCUAUGCUUCAGUGGAGGACGUGAAACCUGAGAAUGGUGAUGAACUGGACAGUUCGAGACCACCUGAGGAAGACCCUCAGGGAGAGACAUACGCUCAGGUGAAACCCUCCAUGCACAGGAGGGCAGAAGCUGGCCUACCUUCUGUCCUGUCAAGAGAAGUCCUGGAAACAAAAGAUGGAAACAAAACAGAAAAGGGCAGAGAGAUGGACACUCAGGCUGCUGAAUCUAAGGAGCCCCAAGAUGUGGUCUCCCAGCUGUGUAGCAGGUUGCUCAGACAGGGGACAGCUGUACCUCGCUCCCAGGCAGGAGAAGCCACAGAGGAGCCCAGUGUAUAUGCUGCCCUGGCAGUCACUCGACCAGGUUCUGUUCCCAAUGACAAAGAGCAAUGACCUCCGCCUGCCAAGAGUCCUAACAGAGACCUCCAGACAUUCUGGAAACCCUUGCAAACCUGACUGUGCUAUAACUAACAUCAUACAUUCUGGAAAUAAAAUAGAUUUCUUAAUAA